AAUUUAUCCAAAUUCGUAUUCUAUAAAACUCUAAUUAGUUUUUAUCUAAGACGUAUGGAUUUAUAAAUGGAUGUCAUUAUCAAACUAACCAAUUAACUAUCAACAACAGAAAUAAAACGAACUGAUAAAAAAAUUUUCGAUAAGAAAUGGCAUCAACCUGUGAGUGUGCAUUCACGUUCACAGCCACACUCUACUGUUCUCCAAUUUUCGAUCGUCUGCAGUAUUAUUGUUCAAGAGAGUCAAUAAACAAUCUCAUAAAUAUAUACAUUUGAAAUGGUCAAAGUAUGCAUUAUUGGCGCCGGCCUCGCAGGCCUUCGUUCUGCAAUUCACUUCGAACAAGUGGGAAUUGAUUAUACAAUAUUCGAAGGUUCGAAUAGAAUUGGUGGCCGUGUUUACCCAUUUGAAUACCAAGAUGGAUAUCUACAUUUUGGAGCUGAAUAUGUAAAUGGUGUUGAUAACGAGGUUUACAACUUGGUCGAAAAAUACGAUCUAUUUGAUAAAACCAAACCAAGGACCGAUGAUUUAUGGAUGCUAGAUCAGGACAAUUCAAUUACGUUAGUAAAUGGACAUUUGGUUCCGAAAAAAAUUUUGGAUAAGUUUAAUGAUUAUAUACGCUACCUUAAUGUUGCUUUAUACGAAAAAUCUAUUAAAAUUAAUCAGCUCUCUGUUGAAAAUGAAAUCAAUAAUCAGUUCAUCGAAUUCCUAAGAGAUGUUCCGGAAAACGACCACGAAAUUUAUGAAAGUUUGAUUAAUGUAUACAAAAAUUAUUUUCAAACCGAGUGGUCCAGUCCGGUAGGUGAGCUUUCUCUUUCAAAUCUUUCGAUUUGGGAUGACGGAACAGAAGAAGAAGAUUCUGCCGUACUCAACAAACAAGGAUUCUAUGAAAUUCUCAAAGAUUUUCGGUCUAAAAUACCUGCGGGAAACAUUAGAUUGAACUGUGAGGUGAUCAAUGUAAAAGAGGAAGAAAAUAUUAUGGUCACUUUAAAAAAUGGAGAAGUAUUGCAUUUUGAUGCCUGCAUUGUAACUUGUUCUCUUGGAUACUUAAAGAAGCAUCAUAAAACUCUGUUUACACCUCAAUUGACUAGUGUUAAACAAGAUGCAAUCAAUAGAAUGGGAUUCGGAAACAAUUUAAAAGUUUUUUUGGAAUACUCAGAUUCAUGGUGGAACUCAUUAAACACAAUCCUAAUUCUGACUCAUGGAGAAAAUGAGGACUUCAUGGUUUUUCAACCAAGCUCUUGGGCGGAAAAUAUUCUUCUCUGUUGGAUUGCAGGUUCCGGUCCUAAGAAAAUUUGUGAUAAAACGGAUUUCGAACUCAAAAUCUUAUUAGACACACAUUUGCAUGAUCAAUUGAAAAACUAUCUCGAUGUGAAAGCAUCGGUAAAAAUUUAUCGAAAAAACUGGAUAAAUGAUGAAUUCACACUUGGAAGUUACUCUUACCUAACACCGGGGCAAAUUGUUGGUGAGGAUAUUUGUAUUCUUGCGCAACCAGUUUUAAAAGACAAUAACCCUGUUAUUUGCUUUGCUGGGGAGCACACGGAUUCAACAAUGUAUCAAACAACCGUUGGUGCGGUUCGUAGUGGUCUCAGAGAAGCUAGUCGAAUUUCUGAACACACUUUUGAAAAGUAAUGGUUUUUCAUUUUAACGAAGUUUUUAUAUUUUGUUUUUUUUUCUAUUUUGUGUGAUCACUUAACAUCAAACUAUUUAUUUUUCGACAGAAAAACUAGAAUUUUGUAGAAAUGCAAAGUAUAACCCGCUG